AUGUUACGAACGCUUCAGAAUCUUUCGAUAGGUAGCAGCCGAGCUUUUGCUACAUCGUCGCAACCAGCAUUUCCAGCGGUAUUGGCUCCAUCAUACUCACUGCUUGAUAGUGCGCUGUUUGAUGAUGUUAGAAGUCGUGUCAGUCAAAAUGGGAGAACAAUGAAAAAGAUCUUAGUGACAGUUGUAAACAGAGAUGGAUCAAAAAAGGAGUGCCUUAUGAACAAAAACAUUUCUACAGCAUUUGACUGUGCCAAACAUUUCAAUAUGUUGUGGGCUAAGCGGACGGUGCUGGCGCUCACUUCAUAUUCGGAACAUGUUGUUCAAUUGGAGUGUAUGAACGAACCGUUGCGAGACAAAUGCAGUAUCGAGUUGCUUGACUUUCAAAAUGAAGACUACGCGGAGCAAAUCAGUAAGGCAUAUUGGAGGUCGUGCAGUAUACUGUUAGCUGCUGUUUUAUCUGCUGGUUUAAGGGAUAAGAUUUCUGUGUCAGGUCUUUACAAUAAAGUGGAAAAAUCGUAUUUCGCCGUUGACAUAGUUGGAUUGAACGAUUCUUUGUCACCGUCUGAUCUCAGAGAUCUGUCUUGGUUUGCUCGUUCAGAAUUUGUCAGCAGUGAUAUUCCUUUUGAGACUGUAUUUGUCCCGCAAGAGUUGGCUUGUGAUUAUGGGCUGAAAUCAAGAGUGCGGUUGUGCCGGCUUGGUAAUUUUGUGACAGCCAUUGAUGGCCCAGUAAUAUCUCGAUCUGAUCAAGUCGGUCGAUUCAGCAUAGUUAAGACUAUCUCAAAAGGCGAUGUUACCCACGUGGGAGGAGUUUCCCUUCCUGCUGCCCAGAAGACAUCUUCGUUCUUAUGGGAAAAAAUAGUGGAGAACGCGAGAGAUAAAAUCGAUUGA